CCCUUUGCUAGCCGCCCUGCCCCCAAACAGUUGCUGGGCAGCAGCUGUUAGGGGUUUAGCGGGGGCUGCCCCCACCUGCCAGGACGCUGACUUCAUACUCCCGAGUAGCAGCUUCACCCGGUCUAGGAGCUUCCUUUCCACGCAGCUGUGGUUUUCGAGUGGCCGCUGCAUGUUUGGAUCAACUUUAAAAUAGUCCUCUCCGUACCUCUCCGUGGCUCUCCGUUGCCAUGCUCACCGCUUCUUGGCGGGCUUCUAACACUUAUUUAACAAGCAUUUAUUAGUCAUUGUUCUGUGCUAGGCGCUGGGGAUUCCAAGGAAGGUUAGCUGUCAAGUCUGAAGGGGAGGUGCUCAAAGUCUAUUGGGGAAGGCAGGCAUAAAAACUUAAGAAUUAUGCUACAGUGCAAUGAGUGGUAAGUUGGCAGUUUGUGGGCUACAACUUUCCUAUAUAUGUUUAUAGUUUACGAAGUUCUUGUAGAAACAUGUUAACUACUUGCAUUAACUCUUAACCUCGUUUGAUCCCAUUUUAGAUUUGAGGAGACUGAAACUCAGACAGGUUAAGUAAUAAAGUAGAAGGUAGUGGCUUCUAAAUUUUAUUUCUUUUGGCCGUGCUGCAGUGCCUGUGGGAUCUUAGUUUCCUGGUCGGGAUUGAGCCCACACCCCCUGCACUGGAAGCAUGGAGUGUUAACCACUAGACUGCCAGGGAAGUCCAGUAGUGGCUUCUAGUGUAUGGCAGAACUGAGCCUGGGACAGAAAAGUCUAGAGUGCUUUGUACACUGCUGCAUUUUGGGGGCUUUGCCCGAACAGUAGACUUUUCCCUGUGCUGCUGAUCAUUUGUGGCAGCUGUCCUGUUAUGCAUCAGAAAUGCGCAAGGAGCUCUGAAAACAAAAGUCUGAACCUGACUCUGGGGAGAGUCCCAGUAAAGAAGCCUCAGGGGCUGGAGGGUGUAGGUGGGACAGGGACACUCCAGCUUGAGGAGGCUCACGCCCUUCUCAUGGCAACCACAAUUGAGAACUGCUGCUCCAUGGGGGCAGUUUCUACAAUGAUGGGGAAAUCAGGACCGGCAGAAGGCACAAAAUCAGUUGCCCCUCCUGCCACGUUGUGAUUUAUAGUGCAAGAGGAAGCGACCAGGAGGAAAGAGCCUUGGCAGGGAGCCUGGGGACCGCCCCACGCUACCCUCUUAGCAAACCACAGCUAAACAUAUAGUGCCUUCUCACUACCACAGUUAAACGAAGCAGUUUCCCCAGUUCAGCCUGUCCCUGCCCGAGCCAUAUUGCUGCUGCCUAAACAAAAGCGGCAGGUCUAGUCCUGGCUUUUUGCUGCAGAACCAUGACCUGUGAGCCCAGCAGAUCCAGCCAUGGCAGGCUCAGGCAGCAGUUCGCCAUGGGGCAAGUAUCUGUUCAAAGUCGUCCUGAUGGUGCUCGUGGCCCUCCUGCUCCUGCACUCAGCAUCUUCCCAGUCACAUCGAGACUUCGUGACUCCAGGCCAGCAGAAGAGGGAGGCCCCGGUUGAUCUUUUGAGCCAGAUUGGUCGCUCUGUGCGGGGAACCUUGGAUGCCUGGAUUGGGGCAGAAAACAUGAACCUGGUUUCUGAGACAUUGGCACAGAUAAUGUGGGCCAUCUCGUCAGGCAUCUGCAUGGCCUUCUUCGUGCUGUCUGGGAUAGUUGCUCAGUUGCUGAACACCUUGGGGCUAGAAGGAGAUCACCUCACCUCGGGCCUGCAGCUCACCCCCAGCCAAGUCCAGACCUUCCUGCUGUGGGGAGCAGGCGCCCUGGUUGCCUACUGGCUGCUGUCAAUACUCCUCGGCUUGGUCUUGGCCUUGCUGGGGCGGAUCCUGUGGGGCCUGAAGCUUGCCCUCUUCCUGGCCGCCUUUGUGGCCCUGGUGAGGUCCGUGCCUGACCCCUCUACCCGGGCGCUGCUCCUCCUCGCCUUGCUGACCCUCUACGCCCUGCUGAGCCGGCUCACUGGCACCCGGGCCUCAGGGGCCCAGCUGGAGGCCAAGGUGCGGGGGCUGGAACGCCAGGUGGAGGAGCUGCGCUGGCGGCAGAGGCGAGCAGUCAAGGGGCCCCGGAACGUGGAGGAGGAGUGAGAGGGUCGCCGGACACCGCCCCCUGCAUCAUACCAAAGAGCCAAGCUGCUUCUGGGUCGCACAACCCUCCUUCCAGCCCCUUGCCCUUUCUCGCCCUGUCUCUGAACCUUUCAGACCUUUCUCUCUGCAGUCCCCUUAGCCGAUAGAGGAAGACCAUCCCCUGACUUGUCCUCAGGGGCCCUGUCCUCUGAGGUUCUCUUGUCUGGGCUUGGUUCCCACUCUUUCUCUGCUCCCAUCCUGCCUUAGCAGGACAGGUGGUUGGCAGGGGGCUCCUGCCAGCUUCUGCACCCACUCUCAGCGAACACCCCAAUCACUGCCGAUGGCCUCCAUGACUCAGCCACGACUUGCCUUCCUCCAGUGCUCUUUCCCUCCUGUCCUUCUCUACCUCUCCCUUUGCCAAGUCCCCUGCUUCCAUCCUUGUUUGUCUCUCCUCCUAGCCCUGUACUCCAACCAAACCCCAGUCCCUAAAGGCAUGCUCCUGUCCCUUUCAUUGCCCGGUGGUGGGGUUGGGGAGAGGCAGGGCCUCUGGAGCCUGAGGGCAAACAGAAGUGGGGAAGUUCCCACCUGGGGCCGGGGCUGAAACAUACCUUGAGUCUGUUACAAGUGCCUUAAUCCGAGCCAGCGGGGUUCUCCGUUUGCCUGCUGCUGCCAUACUGUAUGUAAGAAACUGCCCUGUGGCUGCUUUAUGUCAAGAGGAAAGUGGUUCCUCUCGGAUUCUUGAUUCCCCUUCAGCCAGAGCAAAAGAUGACUGCUUUGUAGGCUUGUGCCUGCAAGUAGGACCCUGCGAUGGCCGUGAGCCCCCCCCGUGGGGGUCUCAGAGACCCCGAAGGAGGAAGGAGUACUCAUCUUCCUGUCUGCACAGCUCCAGGCGGUUCUCCAUCUCUCUCUCCGUCACUGCCACCGAGGAGUCGCUGAUCAGUGGCCCAGGAGGAGUGCAACACAGACAGCAGAGAUGUACCACACAGCUCCUUAUGCUCUGCAGCUGAGAUAUCCCCACUGGUGGGGGGUGGGGGGCACUCAUUUCUUCCUCCAAGGCUCUGGUAGAGGUGGGUGGCCUCUGCCAGGCCCUGCACACGAUGUGAAGAGUAAAGAAAUGCCCAGUUCUUGCUGUUGAGGUUGAAAUGGAAUCACAGCUGCAGUGAUAUAUAUAUAUAUAUAUAUAUUUUUAUUGGCGCUUGGUUGGUUUUAAAUAAAGUGCACGCUAUUUUAUUAUCUCUUUCCGGA